UUUUGUCCGUCCGCAGCGCAACGCCAUCGCCGCCGGUGCAGUGCGUUACGCGUCGCCCGUGUUUUCGUUUGUGCGUACGAUUUAUCGUUAUAUUAUCGUAGUGUUUUGGAUACCGUACACGAUAUUCAAAUUAUUACUAUCGCAAAUAUAAUAAACGUCGACGGGAGCUGUCAUUACGAUCGAAAAACAAUAUAAUACUAUAUUAAAGUAAUCGCAAUCAAUUACCGUCGUCGCGCCGUUUGUCAGACGGCCAAAGGGGAACAAUUUCAUCGUUUAGCGUGCGCCAGCCGCCGCCGUCGUACCACCAGUGCAUCCCGUAGUUGCAGCCGGGCGCGCCGAGUGCGAUUUACCAACGUCCCCGUUACCGCUUACCGGGUAUAAAUCGAGUGGUUACCGCGUCGACGUCCAUAAGCACAGGCGAUCGUGAGUGCGCGCGCGCGCAGUACCGACAGUUGAAGUUGCAACAGUACUAUCAUCAUAAUAUUAUUAUAGUGACAGUGAUCGUCUCAGUACUUGCGUAUUGCCCGACUUCGACGAGACCGGUUCACACGCGGCGCGAAUCAUGUUCGUCGACGUGCUCAGGCGGUACUUGCUGAUCGUGUGGAACUUCUUCUUCGGACAGGUCUCUACUGAAUCGAUCAAAGACAGUCCACCGUCCUGCCCCGAGGACAAACCAGUAGUUUCGGCUGACGUAGUGCCGCCCGUCGAGGUUGACAGCAACGACGAUAAGAUCGAAAAUGGAGAUGACGAUGAUAACGAUAUCGAAGAGAUUUUCGACGACGAAGAUGAUGGAGAAGGAGAAGAAUUGGAUUUAGAAGACGAAGAUGAAAUCGAAGAGGACCAAGAUGAAAAAGCAGUGAUCGUACCCAAAAAACCCGAAGAAAAAGUUGUAACUAAUGACACACCUACUAAACCCAGCGUUCCGGCCACUAAAACCGAAGAGGUCAAAGCACCAGUCGUGGUGCCAAAACCGAAAGACGAAAUAAAAAAACCCGAACCGCCAAAGGCCCCGGAGGAAAUCAGUGAAAAACCGAAAAUUGAUAUCGACAAUACGAAAAAAUCUGACACCCCUGCCAAGCUAAAGCCGGAAUUCGAGAAGGGCGAGAGAGAAGGGGCUGCAGCUAAAGCGGCGGCUCCCGAAAAGGACGCGUCCAAGUCCAAGUCGGAGUUUGAAAUCGUUGAGAGGGAGGACAGAGACGCGCUGCCGCCGAAGCCUGCAAAGACUGAGUUCGAAGUCGUCGAGAGAGGAACGGCGGUGAAACCCGUACUGCCGCCGCCACCACCUCCACCGUCGUCGUCUGCGGCGGUGGUCAAAGACGACCCUAGCCGGCCGUCGGUGAAAGCCGGCGGCGACGACAAAGUCGCCCUGAAACCGGCAGCGCCGGAAAAGGCCCCGACCCACGUGAAAUUUCAAGAGGAUGACGACAAGACCGCGGUCAAAGGCCGCGUGCCGGCCGCGGACUUUGCUACUCUGGAAAAAGGCGAAACGGCCGUUAAACCACCGGGAGUGACAACGACCGGACAAAAUGCCGCGGUCGGAGACUUUUUGUCAGCCGAACAGGCGCACGGCGGUCAACUCCUGAAAAGUCACCACGAAUCCAUUCAAGACCAACAGCUGGAUUACAGUGAUUCCGGUGAAGAGCUAUCGGACGACGAUAUUGAAAUCGAUUACGAAGACGACGAGGACGACGAAGAAGUGGUAGAAGUGAAACCGCUGCCGCCCGUCGCCCGAAGCGUUUAUAAAAAGAACGACUGAACUGCCGCCACGUUUUGUUUAGUCGUCUCUCCAGCCAUUGUAUAAAAAUAGUUUAAAACACAUAUUUUUCUUCUUUUUAUAAUUGUAAAUUAAAAAUAAAAAAAUCUUACC